AUGAACAGCGAGGAGCAGUACUACGCAGCGACGCAGCUCUACAAGGACCCGUGCGCCUUCCAGCGGGGCCCGGCUCCCGAGUUCAGCGCCAGUCCCCCUGCGUGCCUGUACAUGGGCCGCCAGCCCCCGCCGCCGCCGCCCCCGUUCCCGGGGACGCUGGGAGCUCUGGAGCAGGGCAGCCCCCCGGACAUCUCCCCGUACGAGGUGCCUCCCCUCGCCGACGACGCCGCGGUGGCGCACCUCCACCACCACCUCCCAGCUCAGCUCACGCUCCCCCACCCGCCGGCCGGGCCCUUCCCGGAGGGAGCCGAGCCAGCAGCCCUGGAGGAGCCCAGCCGCGUCCAGCUGCCUUUCCCGUGGAUGAAGUCUACCAAGGCUCACGCCUGGAAAGGCCAGUGGGCAGGCGGCGCCUACGUUGCAGAGCCAGAAGAAAACAAACGGACUCGCACUGCCUACACUCGCGCCCAGCUGCUGGAGCUGGAGAAGGAGUUCCUGUUCAACAAAUACAUCUCGAGGCCACGCAGGGUGGAGCUGGCCGUCAUGCUGAACUUGACCGAGAGGCACAUCAAGAUCUGGUUUCAGAACCGCCGCAUGAAAUGGAAAAAGGAGGAGGACAAGAAGCGCAGCUGCGGUACAGCGCCCGGGGGCGUCGCGGACGCGGAACCAGAGCAGGACUGUGCGGUGAGCUCGGGGGAGGAGCUGCUGGCACUGCCGCCUGCGCUGCCCCCGGGGGGUGCUGUGCCGCCUGCUGUUCCCGCCGCUGCCCGGGAAGGACGUCUGCCGCCGGGCCUGAGUGCAUCGCCGAAGCCGUCCAGUGUGGCGCCCGUGCGACCGCAAGAGCCCCGGUGA